AUGCCACCCCCAAGACCGAAGGGGAUAGGAUUUAAUACAGGAGCUACCCAACCUAGAUCGAAUUCAAAUACGCCGAUGUCUGAAAGGCAGCAAAUACGCCUUAUUCAAAUGACAGCCACCACCUCUUCGACAGAUUCAUCCCGCACCAAUUUAAAGAAGAAUGAAUCCAAGAAAGGAGACACCGAUACUGAUGAGACCUGCCUGAACGAGAAGCAAGAGGUCCUGGACAGCAAAGACAAGUCUUCGGCGGAGGAAAGCAGCAACGAUGGUAAAAACAGCGAUUCGAAUCAUCAGGGUACUUCGGCGGCCAAGCGUUGUUACUCAGACAUAGAGGAGGACUACGAGGAAUCUGGCGAGGACGUGAAGAAAAAACGGAAAGACUCUGAGCAUGGCAAGGACCUGAAGGGGGCCUCCCUAAAACUCUCCUCCAGGGUGGAAAAGGGCUCCAAGCUAGCGGCGACGAAGGGAUCCCCAUCAGGAAACAAAAGCUGUGCCUCUAGCAGUGCCGACAAGGAGCAGGCAGAGACUAGUAAGAAUGUGGACAUCGAGAACGAAACUGAGUGCAGCGAUGAUUACAAGAGUAACGACAGCCUGUACAACGGAGGACUCAAGGUGCCACCACUGAAGAUUGUGAUCCCGCAACAGAACUGCUCCAUCGACACCGAGGGCAAUGUGCUGAGGACCGGCAAAGUGACAGCCUCCCGCAAUGCGGCCCUGCCCUAUGUGGUUAGCUCCAACAGCGAUUCCAUCGACACCGUUCUAACCAAUCAAUCUAUUAGUCCGCACGAGAGUCCCCAGAAGAGCAACAGCAUUUGUUCCACAGCCCUGGACGACAAGAACAUAAAGCUCUUUAAUGACGAGAAGAAUCUGAGAGUCCUGCGCAGCUCUCAUCGCACAGGAGUGACCAGUGUUGAGCGCAGUUCCAAUAACUCCUCCCCGCAAAUGCAGAGCAGCUCCCCAUCGCCGGCGUCAUCCAAUCAUGCCAACGAUCCUGCGGAUGUGAAGUUACCCUAUGGCAACAUGACUUCUAGUCCGAUCCCGCAAGGCCACCAGUUUGACCAGGAGACAAUCACCAAUGUUCCAAGCCCCUCGACGUCAUCAACUUCCUCGUCCAAGGAGAUAAAUCCCUCGAACGUGGAACUCCAUCCGCGAAAGCGGAAGAUACGGCAAAACACCGACGACAGUUCGAAGAACUCGAAUGCCGCAGAUUCCGGAGUGAAUUCCGAAGAAUCACACCCGCGACAUCCGUUCACCAAUGGCUUCCAGAUGUUCUUGAGCAUCCGUCGUCAGAUCGAGAAGAAGUGGAAGAGCUUGUAUCCGGUGAAGCCAAGACCUCCGCAGGGAUACAACGACUAUCUUCUGACGAAGAAAACGUACUUAUUAAGUCGCAAUGCGGAAACUUCAAGUCCGGAUAUUCCUCGCACUGUACCGCAGGCCAUGGAAAGUAUUUAUCAGGACCAGGAGAAGGCCAGACAAAACUUGAUCCAAGCGCACACCGUGGAGCGGGAAAAACUGUGCAUGAACGUUGAGCAGGAGAUAAUACGGGUCCACUCGAAGGCUGCUAGGAGCAUAUCUGGCCAACCGGCUCCCUAUUCCGUUUGUACAUACUUAAAGGACGAUGAGGUCUACAACAUGAUCACUCCAGAGCAGGGAAAGGAAAAGAGUGCUCGCUGUCGAUUCAAUGGGCGGUUGCUACUCAGCUGGUUGCAAGAUGUCGACGAUAAGUGGGAGAAAAUCAAGGAAUCCAUGGUGUUGCGGCAUCAUAACGAGGCCGAAAGUCUGCACGCCGUUCAGGUCAUGGAUUGGAAUUUAUUCGCGAAACGAAAUAGGCUCUGCGACAAUCCGAUUGAUGUUAAUUUGGAACACGUUCCGAUCGUUUCAGUUGGAGACGAUUUUGACACAUUGCCGACAUAAUGACAAAUUGAAAUUAAUAAAUUGUUACAAAAUUAAAAACACAGGAAUGUGUUUUCCUAAAAGUUUUGUAAAUUAUAUAUA